AUGUUCAGCGUUUCAGCGCCCAUCUCGCUUCCGGCCAUCAAUACUCUGCGGUAUGCCCUUGGUCCCAAGAACGCUCACUCAACAUCCGCAAUUGCUCCUUAUAUGCGGUUCUACAUCUGCCGAAUUCCGUACGGGACGCUGCAUCUUCUCAAUCUCCAAUUUGCCUUACGCCGGCUCUACGGCCUUCUUAUGAUUGCGCUAACAGUAAUUUUGGCAUCGUUGAUUCUUAUUGAUCUUCUUAGUGCACUGCCUUUCGCCUUCUCAAAGUUCCGUAACCUCAUGCGGAUCAACCGCCGUUACGCGUUACGCGCCCAUAAUAUUCAACACUGCUGCGUGUCCGAAACAGAUGGGAGUGUGCUCGCUUCCAUCAAAGCGCCGAAGCAUUUGGCGCGGUUAGGCAACCACGAAAACGAGGCUUUGUCGAUCCGUCUCGUUUCUGGACCUGAAACCAAGAAGGAUACGACCUUGCCGACCCUAUGGUCUGAGUUGAAGAAAGUUCCAGACGCCUCUCACUCUUUAUCGAUUCAACAGGCAGUUUGA